AUGUUUCCCUCCAGUGGAGCUCCCAUGGCGCAACCACAGAAGCCAGAGACGUUCAUGCUGUCCAACGAAGCACAGCAAAGCCUGCCUCAAGAUGCGCAAGUCGCCCUGCAGCAGGUCGACAACCUCAAAUACUUUCUCAUCUCCGCGCCGGUCGAUUGGUCGCCCGAGUCUCUGAUCCGACGCUUCCUCCUACCGACCGGCGAGUACGUCUCGUGCGUGCUAUGGAACAACCUCUUCCACGUGUCUGGUACGGACAUUGUCCGAUGUCUGUCCUUUCGCUUCCAGGCCUUUGGCCGUCCUGUUAAGAACCCCAAGAAGUUCGAGGAGGGCAUCUUUUCCGAUCUAAGGAAUCUGAAAUCAGGCACUGACGCCUCUCUUGAGGAGCCCAAGAGCCCCUUCCUCGACUUCCUGUACAAGAACAACUGCAUCCGCACUCAGAAGAAGCAGAAGGUCUUCUAUUGGUAUUCCGUCCCCCACGACCGUCUGUUCCUCGAUGCUCUCGAGAGAGAUUUGAAGAGAGAAAAGAUGGGACAGGAAGCUACCACCAAGGCCGUUGCGGAGCCUGCGCUGUCUUUCGAGUUUGACUCAUCGCAGUCUCUUUUUGAGCAGCUGACCAAGGCCCAGCAAGCCAGCUCUUCUUCUUUCGCAACUGCCAAUGCGGGUGCCGCCUCAUACUCUCAGUCAACUUCUCCUAUCAUGCGUGCUGCGGACUCGAUGCCUCCACCACAGAUGCUGCCUCAGCAAAUGCCCCGAUCUGUUGAACAACAGCACCAGAACAUGUACGUCCAGACCUCAAUGCCUGGCCAAAUGCAGAACACCAUGGCUGGAGGCAUGAUGCAUCGUGAACCCGAGUACUCUCAGAUGGGCCACUACGACCGUACGCACAUGCGUCACACUUCCAUGCCAGCUUAUAUGGAAUACUCGCCUGCUCCGUCCUUUGUCUCGUCUCAUUUCGAGGACUACAGCAACCGAGGAAUGUCAUACGAACCGAUUACUCCUCCACAACAGGCUGUCCCUGUAGGCAGCGAGCCGGCUUACAUCGCCAACGAGGACACUGGCCUGUACUCGGCUAUCCCUGAAAUGCAUCCCAUGCCAUCGUACAAUCCAAUGUCCCAGAUGCCUCCGUCGAGCAUGUCUGGCCCCACCACUUACGCCAAUACCAGCCGUCCUUUCGCUCCUUCCAACGUCUACUCCGUUAUCGAGGGCUCUCCUACCUAUAAGGCGCGGAGAAGGCGAUCGUCCAUCCCAUCGUCGAUCAUGAACGCUGUGGCCGCCAACGCUGUGGCUCAAGUCACUCAGAUGAAGCCCCACGCUCCUUCGCGACCAAGCGAUCUACGGCGGUCAAUGUCAAACUCUGUGCUGCCAAUCGCGGAGGGUGACGAGUCCCAAGGGCAGUCACCUCCUGGCCUCACGCACAGCUACCCUUCUUCCGUUGUCAAUCGCGAAAACGAAUACUCCCGCCACACCACGCCCCUGGCUAGCCUUGAGGAGGAUCCCCAGGGCACCCCUCUGGGCAACGCCGGCGAGAGCUUCCCCAGCUUUGGCGAAGAUAUGCACAGCUCAUUCCCAGGCUCCGCAGCCGUCCGGAUGGACCGUCCCGGUCCUGUGCGACGAGCACGCAGCGCUACCAUGAUGGAGCUAGGCAUGCCAUACAAAUCACAUUCCUGUCCAAUCCCCAGCUGUGGCCGCUUGUUCAAGCGUUUGGAGCAUCUCAAACGACACGUGCGAACACAUACCCAAGAACGUCCGUAUGUUUGCCGGUACUGCAAUAAGGCCUUUUCGCGGUCCGACAACCUUGCUCAGCACCGCAGAACCCAUGAGACCAACCAGGACGGUCAAUCACUGGGGCCCACCUCCGAGGAGGAUCUCGAGAACGAGGAGAACGAUUUCGGAUCUCUUGAUGAUGAACUCUCUUCACCCGAAGAUAUCAAGGGUCCUGAAGGCAUCAUUCCCGCCAUGUCGACGAGCAUGCCCCCGCCGUCGAGCUUAAUCAUGCAACCCAUCCCGCAACCCAUGAUUACCCCAAGUCAGCUGGUGCAGCCGCAGAUGCUGCAACACACGAUCUAA